AUGGCGGCGCGGCUGUGGCGGCUCUGCAACCUCCUCAUGGCCGCCUUCUUCGGGCUGGCGGCCGCCGUGCAGGUGAACGACCCCGACGCGGGGCUGUGGACGGUUGUCUACUUAGUGCCAGCUGCCCUGACACUGCUUGUCAGCAUCAACCCUUCAAUAACAGACAAUGGUGUUUGGAGGAGCCUCUGUGACCUUCAUUCUGCUGGCUGUGUUGUUGGGACCAUUGCCUUGGCUUGCUCUUUGUUUGCUUAUGCUCAAGGAAACAUUUUCCAUGAAGAGGAAGGCAGAGAAUUGUUUGGUCUGGUGAUUAUUACAAUAUGGAUGAGUCUUUGUCGCAGUUCAGCAAAGAGUCCCCUGGGAGGAGCUCGUUUGGUUGCUGCAGUUGUUGUUGCCCUUUUCCCCUUUGUUUCGUGGCUGUACAUUUAUGUGAACAAAGACAUGCGAGAGUCUUGGCCAACACACUGCAAAACCGUGAUUUAAUUGGGUGAGAGAAAGUGUGCAGUGACUAUGCUGACCUUAUUUGCCUUUGCUUUUGGUGCUUAACAAAAGGUGGGUCAGUUUGAUAGCACCCAAGAAUACCUGGCUGCUUCCAGCAGUGCCAGCUGAGAUUUGGUGAAAUGUUGAGGAACCCUGUCAAAUCUGAGUGGGGAAUUUUCCUACAGAAACUGUUCACCUUGCUGCUUCUUACAUUUUCCAAGCACCAUUGAUCUAAUGUUUGUUCUGAUGGUAUAUUCAGGAUAUCACUGUAUCCCUGGAUCACUCUCCAGUCACCUCAUAGUUUGAGAACUAUUCUGUAAUAUAAGGGACAAAUAAAGCAAAUACUGUUUUAAUAAAUUACUAUUUACAGCCAUAGAACUUUCAGUAAUGUGCCUGGAUAAUCCAUUUCAGACUUUUUGGAAAACUGAGCAGUCUAUAUUUCUGUCCUGUGCUAAAAUCAUAUGUAGAAUAUAUCUGAAAAAAUUAUUUUUGCUACUAUCUUUAACUGAAAGUCACUGGUUUUACUGAAUAAUAAACACUAUUUUUUAUAAGAAAA